AGGCGCCUGUCCCUCCAUGAAUACCUGAGCAUGCAGCUGCUGAAGGAAGCCGGCGUCUCGGUGCCAAAGGCCCUGGUGGCGAAAACCCCCGAGGAGGCCUUCCUAGCUGCCGAGAAGAUCGGGACGGAGGACCUGGUGGUGAAGGCCCAGGUUUUAGCCGGGGGGCGUGGCAAAGGGACCUUCGAAGGCGGGCUGAAGGGCGGCGUGCAGAUGGUGGGUUCUCCGGAGGAGGCCAAGGAGGUGGCCGCCCGGAUGAUCGGCAAGAAGCUCUUCACCCAGCAGACGGGGGAGAAAGGACGGAUCUGCAACCAGGUUCUCGUCUGCGAACGCCGAUACUUGCGGAAGGAGUACUACUUUGCCAUUGCCAUGGAUGGUGCCUUCCAGGGACCGGUGCUCAUCGGCAGCUCCCAAGGCGGCGUCAGCAUCGAAGAGGUGGCUGCCGAGAAUCCGGAGGCCAUCGUGAAGGAGACGGUGAACAUCACGGAAGGCAUCCGAGAGGAUCAGGCACUACGGCUGGCCCAGAAAAUGGGAUUUCCCACCAAGGUGGCUGGCGCAGCGGCCGAGAACAUUGUCAAGCUGUACCACCUGUUUAUCAAAUAUGACGCUCUCCUGGUGGAGAUCAACCCGCUGGCGGAGGACUCUACGGGGACCGUGAUGUGCGUGGACGCCAAGAUCAACUUCGAUGACAAUUCGGCCUUCCGUCAGCAAAAGGUCUUUGAGCUGCAGGAUUGGACCCAGAUGGACGAGAAGGAGAGGGAGGCAGCCAACGCGAAACUGAACUACAUCGCGUUGGACGGGGACAUUGGUUGUCUGGUGAACGGGGCGGGCUUGGCCAUGGCCACCAUGGACAUCAUUAAGUUUCACGGAGGCGCACCGGCCAACUUCCUGGACGUCGGUGGAGGGGCCACGGCAGAGCAGGUGAAGGAGGCCUUCAAGGUGAUCACAUCCGACAAGCGGGUGCAGUCCAUCCUGGUCAACAUUUUUGGAGGCAUCAUGCACUGCGACAUCAUCGCCAAAGGCAUCAUCCUGGCGGCCACAGAGCUGGAGUUGAAGAUCCCCGUGGUGGUCAGGUUGCAGGGCACCCAAAUGGAUCAGGCGAAGGCCUUGAUAGCCCAGAGCGAGCUGGAGAUCUUGUCCUGUGAUGACCUGGACCAGGCGGCCAAAGUGGCCGUGGGCCUCUCCAAAAUUGUGUCGUUGGCCAAGGAAGCCCAGCUGGAGGUGACCUUCCAGUGGAAGACCUGA